UUUUCAGUUUCCCUUUCCUCUACUUCAUUUCCAUACUUUUUUUUUCUGCUGCUCAGAAUUCUUUUAAAAACUAGAAGCCCUCAGUUCAGUGAUCAGAGAGCUUUAGGUUAACAAACUGACCAAGAAAGAGUCAGGGUCAAGGAAUUAAGAGGAAAAAACAAAGUCACCAAACCUAUGAAACACGGAAGACACAGAGACUGUGAAGUGAAGAAGUGCCUUUGCAUUUGCAGGUAACACUCCACCUCCAACAUGGCCAGUGGCCUUUUGAUGUCAGCCCCAGUCUGCCUAAUUGAAAACAGUAAUGGGCAAUUCAUGGUGAACCAGGACGCAUUGCAGGUCCUUACUACAGUUACCCAGCCUGUGGUGGUAGUGGCGAUUGUGGGACUCUAUCGCACUGGAAAGUCCUACCUGAUGAACAAGCUGGCAGGGCAGAAUACUGGUUUCUCCCUUGGCUCCACAGUGCAGUCUCACACAAAGGGCAUCUGGAUGUGGUGUGUUCCUCAUCCCAAGGAGCCGAAUCACACCCUCAUUCUUCUGGACACCGAGGGGCUGGGUGAUGUGGAGAAGGGUGACAAUAAGAAUGACACAUGGAUCUUUGCCUUAGCUGUGCUACUGAGCAGUACCUUUGUCUAUAACAGCAUGGGCACCAUCAGCCAGCAGACCAUGGACCAGCUGCACUAUGUGACAGAACUGACAGAUAAAAUCAAGGCAAAAUCUUCCCCCAGCACUGAACAGAUGAAUGAUUCCAUGGAAUUUGCAAGUCUCUUUCCAGACUUUGUGUGGACUGUGCGUGAUUUCAUCUUGGAGUUGGAAAUUGAUGGGCAGCCUAUCACCUCUGAUCAGUACCUGGAGAAUGCCCUGAAACUGAAGAAAGGUACCAGUGAAGAAGCCAGAAUAUGUAUCCAGAAGUUCUUUCCAAACAGGAAAUGCUUCAUCUUUGUCCCACCGGCUCAUAGGAAGAAGCUCAAACAGCUUGAGGAACUUCAUGAUGAUGAGCUUGACAUUGACUUUGUGGAAAAUACUAAAAACUUUUGCGAUUACAUCUUCAAAAACGCUAAGGCCAAGACUCUCCCAGGAGGUGGCACGGUCAAUGGGUUCCGUCUAGGAAAACUGGUCCUAAACUAUGUUGAGGCCAUCACUAGUGGAGAUAUUCCCUGUAUGGAGAAUGCAGUCUUGGCACUGGCUCAGCUAGAGAACUCGGCUGCAGUUCAAAGGUCCCUUACACUGUAUGAAGAGAUGAUGAGACAGAAGGUCCGCUUCCCCACAGAAACCCUUCAAGAACUGUUGGACGCACACAUUGUCUGUAAGAGUGAAGCCACUAAAUCCUUCAUCAAGGACUCUUUCAAGGAUGUGAACCAGGAAUUUCAAAAAACACUGGAGAUUCAGCUAGAAGCCAAGCUAGAUGACUUCCAUAAACAAAAUGAAAGAGAGUCCCUAGACCAGUGUACUGCUUUGCUUCAGGCUAUUUUCAGUCCUCUGGAGGAAGCAGUGAAACAGAAUGCCUUCUCCAAACCAGGGGGCUAUGGCAUGUUUCUUCAGAAGAAGGAAGAGCUCAUAUAUAAAUACCACCAGCAACCCAAGAAGGGCAUACAGGCAGAUAAGACUUUGGAAGAAUAUUUGAAGUCAAAGGAAACUGUAGCUGAUGCAAUUAACCAGACAGACAAAAUGCUUACUGCAAAAGAAGAAGAGAAGAAAGAGCAACAGAGGAAAGCACAAGUUGCAGCAGAUGCUGCAAGAGCUUUGGAAAUACAGCAAAGAAGGCAGGAGCAGAUAAGGCUGGAAAAUGAAAGAAGACAGCAAGAGCAACUAAGGCAAAUGGCUGCCAAUAUAGGAGCCCAGAGGAGGCAGUGGUUGGCAGAGCAAGAGAGAGAACAGGCUAGGAGACUACAGGAACAAGCCCAAUUACUUCAGGAACAGCAAAGGAGGGAGAUUGCUGAACAACAACGCCAGAUCCAGAUUUUGCUGGCCCAACAUCAUAACUGUAACUCAGAUAAUGACUGUAUUAUAUUGUGAAGAUAAGAGCUUCACAUCUCACUCACUCACAGCUACAGUGUCAUUUAAAUGAGACAUAUUUAUCCUUGGGACAGUACACAAGAGACCCAGCUUGCUGAAAUAAGAAUAGAAUUAUACAAUUGCAUGAUUAAAUGUAUCUCAGAAAGCAUUUAUCAAACCUGAGCCCAAAGGACAUGUCUUUUUUUUUUUUUACAAUAUCCAUGACAAGUAAGUGGUCAUUCAGCUUCAGCUCAAAGACCCCCAAGGAUGGAGAAUUCACUCCCUUUAUAAGUAAGGUAAACCCAUUCCAUUUUUGGUCAGCCCUCUUUGUUCAGAGGUCUUUCCUUCACAGGAGCAGGGAGCUUUCCCUGCAAAUGCCAUCUAGUCUGCUCCCUGUGAAUGAACUCAUCUUGUUUAAUCCUCUUUUGCAUGACAACCUUUUAACUAUUUGAAGACAAAUAUCACGUAACAGAAAUUGGAAAAGAAGACAAGAAAAAAGAGUAGGAAAGGGACAUUUGGUAGGUUAAAGCACAGCCAACAAGAUGUUUGCUGCCACCAUGCUUUCCCAUGUGGGGUCUCUUUAAUUCUCUUUUCAUUAUGAUUAUAGGGAACUGUGCAAGUACUCUCCUCCCUCACUCUGAGGAAUGUCAAUAAAUCAGUGCUGUUUGCUACAGAUUAUUAUACCUGCAGUUGCAGUUGGGCUAUCACCCCAGGACUUGAGCUUAAGUGCCUCUGAUCAGUGGAGAUAGAGGCUGAGCAGCUGAGUAGGGGAGGAGGUGAAAGAUGUGUGCCCAGUCAAUGUAUAAGCCCAGAGAGUCACAUCCCAGGGGCAGCAGGCUAGGCAAGGGUGAGAGUUGGGAAAUAGUUCUCUUCUUGCUGGGGCCUCUGAAAGCAGAGGAGGUUGGGACCUAGAGGUAGACCUGAAGGGAAAUUUUGAACUGGGCUUCAUUAAGGUGGGAACAGCAACUGUACCUCCGGUCCCAUCAAUCUCUAGGAAAGCUACCAACUGCUCUUCUAGGGCUUCCCCUAUGGGCAUUAGCAGUUGUCAUUGGGUCCACACCAACAGUUCUUGGAGAUUUGAAGAUGUGAAGGGGUGGGUCUCCCAAGCCCUUGUCCUCUCUUUCUCCUUCCCCUCUUCCCCCCAUCUUCUUCUUUGUCCUUUUCCUUCCUCCCCUUCUUCCCUCAUCUUUUUGCCUUUCCCCCUCCCCUCUCUCUCUCUCUCUUCCUCCUCCUCCUCUUUCACAAUUCGUCCUUGAGAGUAGAGCAAAAACUACUCCAGAUUUUCCCAAGUUUCUGUCAGUAGAAGUUGUAGGUUGAGAUCAGAACACUGUACUCAUGACUAAGUAGACAGUGGGGCAGUUAAAUGUCACCUUGAGCUCCUGGGUAGACGAACCAAUUUAACAAGUCCUUUAGGACCAGGAUUGUGAAAGGAGUUUGGAAGAUGGAGAAGCUAGUCCAGACCCUAUGCUGACUUUGCAGCCUUCUUCAAUGCCAAAGGAUUAGGAUGUAAACUCUGAGGGCAAAGAUCAUCAUUUUCCCCCACCUUUGAAUUCCCAAGGUCUAAGGUAGCCUUGUACAUACUAGAUGCCUAUGAAUUUUUCUAACUAAAUGAAAAAACAAAUAUCUGAUGUUACAACUUUCUACUCUAGUGAUAUGUCUUCUUCUGUACCACUAGGUUCUUUCCGUGGAAUGUCACAAUUUCCUCCUCACUCACCUUUGUAUUAAACCUGAUUUCUGUAGAAA